GCAACAUGUGCAAAAUGAUCUCAUAAUAGGCUACACUGUCUGACAGAGAACGGAGCGCUAGAAACUUUUCAGAAAGCACAGAUUAUCCCAGUGUUUGCAUCUAAAAUGGUAUCGAUUAAACGGUUGAUAUCUCUGUUCUCUGUGUCUUGGGAGCAAACGCUCAUAUGUUUGGGCAGUUUGGUCAUUACACUCUUCAUUUUGCUGGUAAUUCGCCAGCUCGUAAAACAGCGGAGACCCCGAGGGUUUCCCCCAGGACCGACACCUUUACCCAUAAUAGGGAAUAUUCUGUCCCUGGCCACAGAGCCUCACGUCUACAUGAAGAGGCAGAGUGAUAUCCACGGACAGAUUUUCAGUCUAGACCUGGGAGGAGUCUCGACUGUUAUACUAAAUGGUUAUGAUGCCAUUAAAGAGUGCCUGUAUCACCAAAGUGAGGUUUUCGCAGACCGUCCAUCCCUCCCUUUAUUUCAGAAGAUGACAAAAAUGGGAGGCCUUCUGAACUGCAAAUACGGUCAAAGCUGGAUUGAACACAAUAAACUGGCUGUGAACUGCUUCCGCUAUUUUGGCAGUGGUCAGCGGAUGUUUGAGAAGAUUUCUGAGGAGUGCCUGUUUUUCCUCGAUGCUAUUGACCAGCAUCAGGGGAAGCCCUUUAACCCUAAGCAUCUUGUGACCAAUGCCGUGUCCAACAUCACCAACCUCAUUAUCUUUGGGCAACGUUUCACCUACGACGACAGCGAUUUUCAGCACAUGAUUGAGAUCUUCAGUGAGAAUGUGGAGCUGGCAGCCAGUGGCUGGGCUUUCCUAUACAACGCCUUCCCCUGGAUGGAGUACGUGCCCUUCGGGAAGCACCAAAAGCUCUUCCGCAAUGCCAACGAGGUCUACGACUUCCUUCUGCAAAUCAUAAAGCGCUUCUCACAAGAUAGGGUACCCCAGUCGCCCCAACAUUACAUUGAUGCCUACUUGGACGAAAUGGAGCAGAGCGCCACCGAUAAAGCUACAUCUUUCUCUCAAGAUAAUCUCAUUUUCUCAGUUGGAGAACUCAUCAUUGCAGGCACAGAGACUACCACAAAUUGUCUGCGCUGGGCUAUGCUCUACAUAACUCUGUAUCCCAGGAUACAAGAAAAGGUCCAAAUGGAGAUCGAUUGCAUCCUGAAUGGCAGACCAUCUGCUCUUGAAGACAAGCAGGGGAUGCCGUAUGUGGAGGCAGUGCUGCAUGAAGUCCUGCGCCUUUGCAAUGUUGUCCCACUGGGCAUCUUCCGCGCUACGUCUCAAGAUGCGGUGGUGCGUGGCUACACUAUCCCCAAGGGCACCAUGGUCAUCACUAACUUGUACUCAGUGCACUUUGAUGAGAAGUACUGGAGCAACCCAUCCAUCUUCUGGCCAGAGCGGUUCCUUGGCUGUAAUGGCAAAUUUGUCCGGCAUGAAGCAUUUCUUCCUUUCUCAAUAGGUAAGCGCCACUGUCUGGGAGAGCAGUUGGCUCGGCUGGAGAUGUUCUUGUUCUUCACCACAUUGCUCCAGAGGUUCCAUCUUCAGUUCCCCGAAGGCUUUAUUCCAAGUCUCUCUCCGAAACUAGGCAUGACCCUUCAGCCUCGGCCGUACUCCAUAUGUGCCAUCAGGAGACAGCAGUAAAAAAUGCCCCUUGAGCUCUGGAACACGUGCACUCACCUCCUGCUAAGAAACGCAAACGAGAGCAGAGCAGUUCCCCGUCUUAAAUUCCAUCAGGUUUUCAGCGGGGAAUACUGACCUCUGAUAUUGACUUGUUAAAUUCUCAGAACGUGUCCUCCAUAGUUUCACAGAACCCAGCCUGAGAGUGAUAAGAGUACUGUUACAGAACACAUGCUCUGGAGAGCAAAGAAUGAGCAUGUGUUACCAAACGAGAACGUACAUGAGGGUAUCAAGAUAAAUGUAGCAUGUAUCUUUCAUAACUUGAACCAAAAAGUGUACGGUGUAGCAAAUCUGAACGUUGUGCUUGUCAAUAUGAGAACAGCUAUUGUGUCAAUGAUUGACAGGGUUUAUCUCUAUAACGGUUUGGAGGUCUGCCUUUUCCAGCAUUCCUUGUAUUCCCCCAGUUCUGGAGUCGGGCAAGUGAGAGGCAAACUGCUGCCUUUCCCAGAAAGUUUUGGAAAUGCUUCAUGACUCCCGUUGGUUUAAUGCCAUGUAUCAGUUCUGCAAGAAUAACGGCCCUGUCCCUACUUUAUCUCAGUGGAAAGAGAUUAUCAAGAAACUUGAGCUGCAAUAUUUCGUGAAAAGCUGGACUCCAAUAUACACUUUAUAGCACAAUAUUAUUUGUACUUUCUUUUUAACAAGUUUUUUGCAUGUUAUGAUUUAAAAAAAAAACUGACAAAAUAAGCCUUUUUUUAAUGCAAGCUGUGUUUAAUACUGACCUCGCUUUCAACUGUGCUGGAAUUUUCUGAAGCCAAUUAUACACCACAUAAACCAAGCUGGAAAAGGAGCAUAUAGAUAGAAACUUUAAUAUUUCCUGUGACUGAUUGACUCAUGUAAUUCUAUGAUUUGGUCUGGCACAUAUCAGAAAUGAAUGGAUUUCAAUGACAAAGUGUUUGUUAAUUGUGAACCUAUGUAAUAUGUUGCUCUUUUUUAGUACAUAUAUCUUAUUUUCCUUCUGUUCUCACUGUAAAAAAACAUUUACAGGUCAAAAAACAAAAUUCAAUUAAAAACGGAGUGACAGGUAGGGGCAUUGUUGCUUUGGGUAAGCUGUCACAGAGAUGCUGUCAUCUGAAGAGAUAAGGCUGGCCUUUCAUACGACCUACACUUGGGGACUCAUCAUCUGCUGACUGUCAUCUUACAGGCAGUUCCUCCCAGGAGAACACUUUGGCUUUCAUCUGAGUACGAAGAAAAAUAAGCAGCAACAUGCAGCUCGAUGAUGCUCAGUAGCACACAUUUAGAUGAUGUCAAAAAUGUUGUCACAUGGAGAUAAUAGCAAAGGGUGAAGACGUUCUACUUCUCUUAAUAGGUGAAAGGUCAUGUUCAAUGCAUGUGCAUUCAGUGUGGUGGUGUGAUUAAAACUACAUAUGUACCUGGAUAAUGUGGUUUGCACAAGUAUUAUGAUUCUAUUAUUCCUCUUUGAUCCCUAGCUGGCGCUUGGUUUGCAUCGUUUCCUCAGACCGUACGCUGCUGUGGGUGCUAAUGGUUGCUGGAUUUCUUGAUUCUACUAUUAACAAGACCAGGGGCUUUCAAAGAGUUCGA